CCCUUUUCGUUUCUUCGAACCUGCGAGAGGAAACGCCCGAGACCCGUAAGAACUUUCCCCUCCUUCACUUUCUCUCUCUAAAAUCUCACCGCGUAUCGCCGCCGCGUCCAGCUUCGAUCGUUCCCUUAUUUUCUCCGGGACAUCGGUGCCAUUCGUCGGUAAGCCCUUCGAUAAUCAAUUCUUCAUUCAAUUAUCUCGGGGGUUGAGAAUUCGAGUUCCGCCUGUCGUAUUUUAGGGUUUUCUGUCUCCUUUUCAAUUAAGAGAGCUUUUUUGUUUUCUUCUUGAUAUAGUAUAGGGGUUUACUAAUUUACUCGAAGGUAGGUGUUUUGGCCUGUAUCGAUUUGAUGCUAUCGAAUCCGGCCGGGUGAAAUUAGGGCUUCUUUUCUUUUUUUAUUUAUCUUGGGAGUUGGGGAACUCAAUUUAGGGUUUUAGUUCAAAACCCACGUUUCGGGGAGUUACGGGGUGCAAAAAUUUAGAAGCUUUUGCUGCAUCUGUAGACGAAUUCUUGCAUCUCUAGUUAGAUACAUAUAUGGCUGCUGGUAGACAUGGGGGUUACAGGGAUAAUCAGUUCAGAGGACUUGUCGAUUCAGAUUUCGAAGGCUCAACCAGGGAGAAUGGUUACCCACGGGGCGGUGAUUAUGGCCGUAGGAAUGGGAACAGUGACCGAGGUUAUGGUAGGGAGCAAAACAUCCGCGAGGGAGAGCAGGGCCCUCGUGAUAGGGUUAGGCUUAGGCAGAAGGAUUUUAAUGAAAGGGAGAUGAGGAAUGGUGGUGCUGGUGGGUAUCGUUCAGCUUCCAGUAGGAGUGAUUCUGGCAGUAGCGGUGGGGGUGGAGCAGGGCCCAGGAAGAAUGUUUUUCCUGUUAGGGCUAUUGACAGAGAGCCUGGGGAAUUAUCCAGUGAAAGUGGAUCUGAUGGAGGAGCUGUUGACUCCGAAUCACUAAACAAUAAAGGUUGUGGCGAGUUGAAGAAGGUUGAAAAUGGAAAACGCAAGUUUUCUCCCAUUAUUUGGGAUCGGGAUGGAGAUGGUAAGAAAGUGACUCGAACAGUUAAGGCUAGGACUUCUCCUGCUGAAGCAAAUGCACUAACAGGUCUUCCUCCUCCCCUGUCUAAUUCUUCAAGCACAAUUUUGCCUGAUUCAAAACCUGAUGGUCCUGAGAAUAGCUCAUGUACUCAACAAUAUGCAAUUCAGAGUCCAGAAGGGCUGCCUUCAGCUGAGAAGGUUGAUGAAGAAAUGGAUGCCACUUCUCUGUCCCCGGUAGAAUUGCCGCAUUUGUCGCCCGGGGUCGAGGAAGAGAAAGAAGCAGUGACUUAUAAUCAGGGAGCAGAGACGCUAGAUGAUGAUUAUACAUCAACUCGGACAAUAAGAGCUUCACGCUGGGCAAAUGAGGAUGAAUCGUCUGGUGAUGAAGGUGAAAUAAUUGAGGAAGAGGAGAUGACAAAAUUGAAGAAGAAGAAGAAAUAUAUCACUGAAUUAGCAGAAACUAAAUGGAGAAAGUCUGCAACUCCAGAGCUUGGAGAGUUGAGGAGAGAGGGCUCUGAAAGCAAUAGAGCCAGGUCCUCUGAUGAACGAAUUAGAUCUGGUAGUAGUGAUAGGUAUGCUGAUGAGAUGCCGAAGGAUGACUACAUGGAGGUCGAGGAGGACCGGCCCUAUACUGGAGCCUCUAGUAGCCAGUCAGACACUGAAUCGGACCAAGAAGACGAAACUCCUCGAACACCAGAACCUACUGGUCCUCCUCCGAGGACUGUGAACAUGCUUCAGGGUUGUAGAAGUGUUGAUGAAUUUGAGCGGCUGAACAAGAUUGAUGAAGGUACUUACGGUGUAGUUUUUAGAGCUAGGGAUAAGAAAACAGGAGAAAUAGUUGCACUUAAGAAGGUCAAGAUGGAAAAAGAAAGAGAAGGAUUCCCUUUGACUGCUUUGAGGGAAAUAAAUAUUCUUCUCUCGUUUCAUCAUCCUUCAAUUGUAGAUGUCAAAGAAGUAGUUGUAGGGAGUAGUCUUGACAGCAUCUUUAUGGUAAUGGAGUACAUGGAACAUGACCUGAAAGCGUUGAUGGAGAGCAUGAAACAGCCUUUUAGUCAAAGCGAAGUAAAGUGCCUCAUGCUUCAGCUUAUCGGAGGUGUUAAGUACCUUCACGAUAACUGGGUUUUGCACCGAGAUCUGAAGACAUCAAAUAUACUCUUAAAUAAUCGCGGUGAAUUGAAAAUCUGCGACUUUGGGUUAGCACGUCAGUAUGGAAGCCCUUUGAAACCAUAUACUCAGUUGGUGGUUACUUUGUGGUACAGAGCGCCUGAGCUGCUAUUGGGAGCUAAGGAGUAUUCAACAGCAAUUGACAUGUGGUCUUUGGGUUGUAUUAUGGCUGAGCUGUUAGCUAAGAAGCCACUAUUCAAUGGGCAAAAUGAAAUUGACCAACUUGUCAAGAUAUAUAAAGUUCUUGGGACUCCAAAUGAGAAGAUUUGGCCUGGGCUCUCAAAGCUGACGCAACCCAAGGUUAACAUGGUGAAGAACGAGUAAGUAUUGAUUUUAUGUUUGUCUAAGUUUUCUUCAAAUGGAAUAUGCGAUUUAUCUAUUUUGUGUUUCCCACUCUUUUCCCAGGCUUCCAGCUUUGGGUGAUUCUGGUCUGGCUUUCAGGGCCUUCGUUGGUGACAGUUUCAGUUCUGAAAAUAGAAUGUCAUGUUUCUAUUAACUCGGGUCCUCUGAUUGUUUCAGGUUCAGUGGAUUGCGUGCGAAAUUCCCUCCGGCGUCUUUCACGGGGUCGCCAGUGUUAUCUGAUGCUGGAUUUGAUUUGUUGAAUAGGCUUUUGACAUACGACCCUGAGAAGGUAUGCAGAUUCCAUACCAUGGUUUUUAGCUGUCUGUAAAAAGAAAUCCUGAUGAGUCUGUAAAUAGAUUUUAAUGUUUUUGUUAUUGUGCAGAGAAUAACAGCUGAGGCUGCUCUUAACCACGAAUGGUUUCGGGAAGUUCCUCUACCCAAAUCAAAAGAAUUUAUGCCUACUUUUCCAGCACAGCAUGCCCAGGACAGGUAUUCUAGUGCUGCUUCUGUGUUUAUGAAAACUUUAUGUUCCCAUGAAUGUCAUAAUAACUAUUUUGUUGCAAUAUCCAGACGCACACGAAGGGUCCAAAAGAGCCCAGAUCCUUUGGAAGAACAACGCAGGAAAGAGUUGCAGCAAGGGGGUUUGGGGACUGGUGGUUUGUUUGGUUAAGGGAAGUUAUCGGUGCCUUGAAGUUAUAUUUAUCCUUCUGUUUUAAUGAUUGGCUGUUGAGGUGAGGGCAAUGUAUUGAGAGGAAGUUGCAAACAUUUAACGUGUGAAGAUCAUUCGUGCUGUGUUUUAGCAGGCACCACUGAUGAAGUAGAUGGAGCAUAAAUGUUCUGUCUAAGAUUUCAAUCCAGUAUGUUGGGGAGCUCUGAUGUUGAGAAAAUUCCUUCUUUGACAACUGCUAGCAUGCCAAGGUGUGGCAUAAUGCCUUUUUCAUUGAAAAAAUAGUUUCAGUUGAAACUUCUGUAUGUAACCUAUAUUUCGUUGAUAGAUACCCUGUAACAUUUUCCAUAAAAGUUCUUUUUGUUGAAAAUAUCCAUUGGAUUUGUUAUAGAAACAUUAUGGUUUAUGUGCACUUCUGUUCUAUCCAUUUUAAUUUUGAAUUGGUGUUUGCAAGAGGUGUAGAGCGGAGAAGGCCUUGAUACCUUAUGUUGAAGAAGAUAUGACAAAAGUAUCGGAGGUAAUGUCAAGUUUGAAGCAUGGGUGUAGCAAGGGUGUUCCGUCUUCUGGGUUUUUUCUUUUGCAGUGUUGUUAAGAGAAAUGCUUGCCUCAUCCCUAUAGGUUUGCAGUGUCUGGUGCUUGCUGUUAUAACGUGUCUAGUCUAACUUUUUUAAUAUUUACUGAAGUAACUUUUUUAGGUUUGGUUUUUUAAUGUAUAAUAUAUACUGAACUAACUUAAGGUUCGCCCCUGCUCUGGGUGAUCCAGUUGUCUAUUCGUUGUUUUUUCCUCGGCUCAAAAAUCAGCAAUAAAAUGAUGUGUUUAAGAUUUGCACUAUUUAGGAAUUCAGUUGAUUUAGCUUGGUAUGUACUUGCUCAUGCCAUUUGAAGUAUGAACCAUAUAAUUUGACAUCAUUAAUUGUUAACUGUUGCGAAGCGCUGAUUUUUUUCUGAUAUUUGUUGUUAACAUGAAGCUUUCAACAUUCUUGUCUCUUAGUCCCAUAUUGACAUAUAGCUUUGCUUUGUGAGAAAAGUUUGGGACCAAUUUUAAACUCCGUGUUGCUUUGUUUAUUCAAUUAAAAUCAAAUACUGCCUAGGCUAUGGUUUCAAGAAUUGAUUAAUUGGCUCCGGAGAUGUUUCUCUUUUGUUGUGCGUUAUGGUGAUUUCUGAAGAAACUAUAAUUAUUGAUUGAUAUCUGUGCUACGGGUGGGCAGUGUAUGUUGUUACUCAUUCAGCUGCUGGGUGUCUUUUAUUAAUCAGUGAAGAGCCUUUGCUACAUGCUGAAUUUAUGGUUACACAAUUUUUUCUGUUAUUCCCCAAGUAACCAAAUGUAUACCCCCCACCCCAUGCACAAGCGCAGAGCCCCACCCACCACCAACGCACUCACACGCAUGCACACACCACUUUCUUUGUGGCUUUAACGGUGUUAAUUACUUUUGGGAUUUAUGUAAUGCUUUUGGACUUCUAAGGCAUUUGUAUGCGUAUCUCGCUGCAGUACUGAAGGAAGCAUAUUAAGGAGUUCACCUACGCAGCCUGGGGAAACAGUUUUUCAAAUUAAUUUUUCCAUUCUUCAGUCUUUUUGUCUUCUUCAAGCUCUGGAAAGGUAUUUUGCAUACCCUGAGUACCUUAUGUGACGUGCAUGUUUAUUCUUCUGUUUCAUCUCCCGAUGUGUUGGGGAACUUGUGAUGCAAUUGUCUUUUGAUAAAAUCUGAAGGCUGGUCUUGAGAUGUAUGGUAGCCAAAGUUUAGGUUUUUCUUUGGUUCCUUGCCAAUCAUUUUCCAAACAUUGAGAAAGAACUGUAUAUUGUCAUUUUGAAAACCAGUCGCAAAUUAAAUGUUGACAGGGUUUGCUGGCAGAUAUUAUGUCAUUAUAUGAAGUUGAGGAGACGUGUUAAAGACGAAGUUGUGUUUUUUAUCUUUCUUUCUUUCUUUUCAUUUUUUUUUCCUUUUUGCUUUUGACCAAUUUACUGUACUAUGUGCAUUCUUCCCGUUCUUUUUUAGGCGUGAACUAAUACGGGAUAGGAAUUUCAGUGAAUUAAAGAGAACAUCAGGCCAGUAGUUUACCAUGAAUUUUUACAGCUGAACAAGAUUUGAGGACAUUUUUGGUUUAUUUAUUUGGCUGUUCUGCAGUUUUGGCUGUGUGUUAGAACCUGUGUUGGGAUUUUUGUGAUUUCUGCUCCCUCGAGCAUCGGGGAUAUAAUUUGUGAAUAAUUGUUCAGUUACAUUAAUUUUGCAAUUUUGAUGAAUUCAUCAAGGUCCACAUUUCAGUCGGGAUCUGUUUUUCUCAGGUGGGUGGUUCUGAUAGUGUUCCAUAUUUUCUCACCGAUGGUGUUAGAUAUCUGGAAUUCGUGUUAACCGACCAUGUAAUUUAUUAGAGAAGUCAUGGCGAGAAGGUUGAUAUUCAUCUGUAUGCUAUCUGUCAAAAAUAUCUGGUGCAGAUAUUGUAGGUCUGUGAUAGAUUAGAGCAGGAAAUGAUACUAUUAAUUCGUUCUAAGCUUUUUGUCAAACAAUGCAAUGUUUAUGUUCAUUAAUGUAAGUAAAUCAAUGUCGUUUUAGUUGUGGUUUGGGAGAAGUGAACACUUCGCGUGUAAGCUGCUUCCAUCACAUACUAAAGAACGUAUAUCCACACCUGAUAGACUUGCAAGUAUCUAACCUCUUUCAAGGCCUGCGCAAACCAUAAGUCGUGUCUCUAUUGUUCUUUUCGUUUAGAUUUUAUUUUUUUUAAAAAAUCACUUUUGAUGUAUACGGAAGUAUUUUAUUCUUAUUUUUCGUUGGAGUUAAAUGGUUUUUAAUAAAUUUGAGCCAUCAUUAGACACUUUAGUAAUGGCAGGAAAGGCUGAGAAGUGGCAUGAACUCUGUAGUAGCUGAAAAAUUUACAUGUCAGCCUUAGUGGAAUGCUUCUUCAAAUAGUCUUGGCAAGAAUAGAAUAAUUGACAAGUGUGCUGGAUGGAAAUGAGAAAUAAGAAGGCAAAACCGCAAAAUGACAAACUGAACAGCUCGGAAAUUCACAAUUGGCCAAUGAUGGUUCUCCGCUGCAGUUAUAAACAAUUUGCUGGAAAUAAAGAUGCAGGUUAAUUUUCCGAUUUUUCCUGAAAAGUAUUACCGUGAUGAUAAUCCUUUUCUUGUUUUGGUGAUAUAAAAUGUAACGAUUAUGACCAUUAUCUCAUGAAUUUUCUUUUCUUUUUUUGGGCUUAUGGAACUCAAGAGAUUAGGAUUUAGGAUAUAUAUAUAUAUAUAUAUAUGUAUAUAUAUAUAGAUAU